AUGGUGAGGAAUUUAGAAAGUAUUUUUGAUGUUAUGGAUUGUUCUGAGGAAAAGAAACUAUGCCUUGCUACUUUCUUGCUGAAAGGUGUGGCAGCUGACUGGUGGGUUGCUUUUCAAAGCAGGUAUCGUGAAGCCAGUAACAUCACAUGGGCUAUUUUUAGAGAUGCUUUCUUUGAGACUUACUAUCCUCUUUCAUACAAGAAUACCAAGCAAAAUGAGUUCUUGAGACUGACUCAAGGUUCAAUGACUGUUUCUGAAUAUCACACCAAGUUUGUGGAGCUUUCAAAGUAUGCAUUAGUUCUAGUAAAUGAGGAGAAUGACAAACGUAAACGAUUUGAAGAGAACUUGAGGCUUGAUAUUAGGGCGAUGGUGACGGGGCACGGACAUGCCAUAUUUGGUCCACUAGUUGAGGCGGCCUUGAGAGUCGAGGCAGCAUUACAAGUAGGACAGAGUCAGGGGAUUCAGUUAGCUAUUCGCCAUGCUAAUAAAAUGUCAAAGCCUUUAGACAGUGAAUUAGUAGUAAUGACUCCUGUAGGGGAUUUACUUUUAGCUAGUUGGGUAUACAAAGAUUGUGGGAUUAGAGUGAACGAUCAUGAGUUGAAAGCAGAUCUAAUUCUACUCGAUAUUCAUGAUUUUAAUGUUAUUUUGGGGAUGGACUUUUUAUCUAGACAUUGUGCUUUAGUCGAUUGUUUUUGCAAGGAAGUGAUAUUUAGAAGUCCAGAAAAUUUUGAAAUUGUUCUCACUGAAGAGCGCAGAAUUUUGUCAUCUUGUAUGAUAUCUAUCCUUGAUGCCCAAAGAAUGCUCAAAAAAUGUUGUCAUGCAUAUUUGGCUCAUGUGAUUGAUACUCAGAUCACUAAGCUGGAAAUUGACGAUAUAUCAGUUGUGCGAGAUUUUCCCGAUGUCUUUCUAGAAGACCUUCCAGGAUUACCCCCAGGCAGGGAGAUCGAAUUCUGUAUUGAUUUGAUUUCUGGGACAGCACCUAUUUCACAGGUACAUUAUCGAAUGGCUCCGAAAGAGUUGAAAGAAUUAAAGGUACAAUUACAAUAUUUGGUGGAUAAAGGUUUCAUUAGACCCAGUGUAUCUCUAUAG